AUUAAUGUUUUUCUCUUCACUUCGGUCUUUCUAGAAGGUUUUAUCAGCUGAAAAUCGUCUGGCAAGCUUUGGGGCAGGUAACGCGCAUGCGCACUUGCGCAGGAUCCUUCUGGAUACUUCCUCACGUGGAGAGAUUCCCCUUCAAGUGUGUCAUAUCCACGCUCACGAAGAACCGGGGUGCAGCUUCAAGCCGGCUCUCAGACCUCCUAACACAUUACGACAUGGCCUUCAGAAAAUUCCUGCCACUGUUUGACCGGGUGCUGGUGGAGCGCUUCACAGCAGAGACGGUAACCAAGGGGGGCAUCAUGCUGCCAGAGAAGUCUCAAGGCAAGGUGCUGCAUGCCACAGUAGUGGCAGUAGGUCCUGGCUCUGUUAAUCAGGAUUUCUACAACUGGCCGGAUGAAUCGUUUGAGGAGAUGGACAGCACCCUCGCUGUCCAACAGUACAUACAGCAGAACAUUCGGUCAGAUUGCUCCAACAUCGACAAAAUCCUGGAGCCUCCAGAGGGUCAGGAUGAAGGGGUGUGGAAAUAUGAGCACCUCAGGCAAUUCUGCCUGGAGCUGAAUGGACUAGCAGUCAAACUGCAGAGUGAGUGCCAUCCAGACACUUGCACCCAGAUGACCGCCACAGAGCAGUGGAUCUUUUUAUGUGCUGCCCACAAGACACCCAAAGAGUGCCCUGCCAUUGAUUACACCAGGCACACGCUGGACGGAGCUGCCUGUCUUCUCAAUAGCAACAAAUACUUCCCCAGCAGGGUGAGCAUCAAGGAGUCAUCAGUGGCCAAACUGGGCUCUGUCUGUCGUCGCAUCUAUAGGAUAUUCUCUCAUGCCUACUUCCAUCACCGCCAGAUAUUUGAUAAGUAUGAGAAUGAAACGUUCCUGUGUCACCGGUUCACGCGCUUCGUAAUGAAGUACAACCUGAUGUCCAAGGACAACCUGAUCGUGCCCAUUCUGGAAGAGGAAGUGCAGAACACCUCAUCGGCUGGGGAGAGCGAGGCCUAAGAUGCAGCUGCUGCCAUAAGGGAGACACGUGUGAACACAUAAUGUACACAUUACAGAGGAGACACAUUCACGCACCUGCACAUACAAUACAUUCUAACACACACACACACACACACACACACACACACACACACACACACACACUACUGUACAGUGUAUUAAGGAACCUGUCCAGUAACACUGUCCAUGUCCCUCCUCCCUUGUCACCUGUGUGUAUCUGGAAAGGAAGUAAGGGUAAAGAUUACCGGGAGCAGAGUUCAGCCAUGCCUGCAGGAUAAAGAUGACAUCAUCUAUCUUAUUUACAUCCUCUCUGUCUGUUCAGAUUCAAACAGCCACAGACACGUGUCUCUGCAUACAGCUGCGCUCUCACACUACUCCUUUAAGGAAUCUUUUUCUUUAAUCUUUCGAGCAGCUGGAUUUGCAAACCCCUCCCCCAUAUGUACUCCUGGUGACCUGUAUUGUUGACAAAGGCACACACUGACAGCCACCCCACCCCCUCUCUGUAAAUAACCCCCACUCUCUUCUCUAUCUCUUUUAAUUCACUGUCAUGUUUUCUGAUGGUGCUUCACUAUUUUUUUUGUGUCUGCUUCUGUUCUCUAUUUGCUUGUGUUGCCUAUCAAGUCUGUUUUGGGGGGGUUGUCCCAUGUAAUGGAUCACUCAAUUAGCCUGCUGACUUAAUAAUGCUAUUAAAACACAAUGUAGGUGUGGCUUGUGUGGUAGUGAACAAAGAACAAACUUAAUCUCUAGCUUUAGUGUAUUCGCAGUCAGAUAUUCUUUCUCCUCGGCCUCUGAAAUGACGUUUCGGAGUAUUUAGGAAGGCUUGUCGGCUAACUCUGAUCCUGCUUUGUGACAUGCCCCCAUUUUAAUACUGUGUAAUAUGUGUCCAAUAUUCCGCUUUCCUUGAAAUAACUUAAAACCAUGACUUAAUGUAUGGAAACCAUGCUACUUACAGCCAGAUUUUACCGCUCUAAUCAUUUGAUGAGAAAAGUUGACAAAGAAAGAUGGAAUAUUGGCUACAUUAAGCUAUCGGAGCACAACCUCCCUCCUUUUCCCUCCCUCUCCCUCAUUAAGUUAUUUUGUGGGAGGAGUCUUGUCAAUCCAACCCACUUUUUUUUUUUAAAUGGACUAAAAAAUUUUGUUACUGUUGACAUUUUCAUGAUGUCUGUUAAUAAAAAAGACCUAUUAUUCAG